CCAGGAACGCUGGUUGUCCGAGGCUGCCGGCGGUGGGGGCGAAGCGACAGGAACUCAGACCUUGGCAGUUCUGAGGAGAGGAAGGGUGAGUGGGUGUGUUCAUUAGGCAUUUCCUUUUCAAGAAAAGCUGGCCCGAGGCUAUAAAACCCACCGGAACGGAGCUGGCAAGGAGACGGCGGAGCAAUGGCUUCAGGCCAUGUUUACCAGAAGUGUGAAGAGUCCGACCGAGUGGCACUCAAGGAACAAGAGGCAGAAAUGGGGUCUGGACGAGCAGGGAGUGACUGUCUGCCCUGCGCUCGGGGCCUGACGGGGCCGGCCAGGUCCCUAUUAAUCCUGUAUGCCCUGCAGGCCCUGUCGUUCGUGCUGUGGGCCGUGCUCCUGCUCGUGGUGAUUGCAAAGUAUGCAGCACUGUCCAAGGAGCUGGAGCGGAUGCGGACUGAUCAGUCCCUGCUGGGAGCCAACGCCUCCGACGUGAUGAAGCAACUGGAGAUGCUUCAUGUGAAUCAAUCCGCCAUGCGCAGCACCGAGGAGGAGCUGGAUGAGUCACUGAAGAGGCUGCAGUCGGACCAGGCCACGCUGAGGGAGGAAGUGUCCACAGACCUGGCCAAAGCGAAACGCGACCGAGAUGACAUCAGAGCUGAGACCUAUAGGAUCCUGGAAGCCGCCCAGAAAGGGAACGGCACUGCCGGGUGCCAGCCCGGGUGGGAGCAGUUCCAUAGGAGGUGCUACCUUUUCUCCUCCACUACCCAGCGCUGGCAGGCAGCCCGAGCCUCCUGUCAGAGCCAGAAUGCUGACCUGGUGGUGAUCAACGACCAAAUGGAGCAGAAUUACUUAGCCAGCAAAGCUGAUUCUGUUCGUCACUGGAUUGGCUUCACUGACCAAGGCACCGAAGGCGUCUGGCACUGGGUGGACAACACGACCACAGCAUUUACGCUUUGGGCCCCCGGGGAGCCCAAUAACAUGUACAGUUUUCACAUCCGAGAAGAGGACUGUGCCCACCUGAACGAGGACGGCAAGUGGAACGACGAGCCCUGCCAAAUGCGCUACCGGUGGAUUUGUGAAAAAGCGGCUCUUCAGUAAGCCACAGGAGUCCCCCUCCCCCGCUCUGGCGGGAAUGCCCCCUGGGGGGGACACGGCUGAGUAUAUCAAUGCAGGGCAAAUUGCUUAAGAGACAGGACUCCUUGCAGCUCAGAACUGGGGUCCUCAAGACACCAAAGAGCACUGCUGUUCGCCACACUGGUGGUGAGGUGCCACUGUGCUCCCCCCUCCCCCGGAUGUGUGGGUGAAGGCUGAGCACCAUUAUGACAGCAUGGGCUAGCAGAGAAAGUGUGGGGCUAAUGCUCUGCACCUCAAGUUCCCCCAAGCAAUCCCCUCGGGUCCUCCAGUUCUCUUGUGUGCACCCCUCCUUAUGCAGAUUGGUUUUCAUAACCUCCUAUCUUGCCAAGUAAAAAGGCUCUUCUGAUCCCAAAGGACCAACCUCAUUGCCAUGUGAGGCUAUAUCUAUACUCCGGGGGUUUUGCACAAAAACAGCUGGUUUUGUGCAAAAACCCGCA